AGAUGAAGGCUCUUCUCUCCAUCCUCCUCUUGGCUGCCAUGACAGGAGCAGGUACUGGUCUGGUUUGGAAAAAAUACAUUUUUGUGUCUUUAAAUCUGAACUGGGCUGACGCUCAGGAGUACUGCAGGAAGAACUAUGUCGAUUUAAUGACCAUCAAAACGCAAGAUGAACAAAACCAAUUCUACUCUGAUACAGGAGGUAAAUGUCAGUAUAUAUUUUGCUGGAUUGGUAUGAGCAAGAAUCCACAAACUGGGACCUUUCAGUGGUCUGAUGGAAGUGAAUUAGAUUUCAAAAAUUGGUACUCUGGGGAACCGUCCACUGACAAUGAUAAACAAUGUGGACGUAUAUACACUCAAUGGUCCACUGAUUACUGUAAAACGCCUCAGAACUUCGUCUGCUACACUUGGGUUCCUUCUCUGGUCGUGGUGCAGGAGAUGAAGACCUGGGCAGAAGCACUGAACUACUGCAGAAGGAACUACACUGAUCUUGUGAGCCUCGUCACAGAGUACGAUCACACUGCGGUCAACACCAAGAGCAGUGAAAUCCUGACAGAAAGGUUCUGGACCAGUCUGCGAUUCUUGGAUGGAUCUUGGUUCUGGGUGAAACAUGACUUAAUGUAUGACGGAAGCCUGGUGAGCAAGAACUUGAUGUCCAUGUGUCCUGCUCCUCAUUACCAUUGUGGAGCCCAACACACCAAAUAUAAUGUCCUGGAGAAUCGAGACUGUGAGGAGAAAAUGAACUUCAUCUGCUUCAACCAAACAUCGUGAGUUAUUGAAUUCCUCAUCUGAGCUUCCUCAGAGAUCAGACACACACUUUGUAUUUCUGAGUGACUUCACACUGAAAGAAUAAAAAUCUUCUUUAAUUGAUCAAUUAAAAUCAAACAAUAAACCUGAUAACCUGAUUCCUUUAAUUCAUCUGCAGGACUUAAAUCACGCUGAAGAUGUUCACUGCAAUCAAGAUGGAGAAGAAAAGAAGAAGGUUUACAUCUCCACCAGCGAUACUAAUGUGAACGUAAACUAGAUGAUCUCUUUUCUUUGUUUUAAGAUUUCCUUCAUUAAUCUGUCGGAAUUAAUAAUUAGCAUGUUGUUAGCUGUUAGCAAUGAAAUCGAUCUUAUUUACUCUCACACUUUGGUGAUUAAUAAAUGUAAUAAAUGUUUGAAUGGAAACACAAACUUGUGCUCUUAUAAACACCAAUAAUUCAUUAAUAA